AUGGAUCCUGCAGCUGCCCAGCUGGAGAAACAGCACGUGCACGACGUGUAUGAGAGCACCGCUCCUUACUUCAGCGACUUGCAGAGCAAAGCCUGGCCUCGUGUCCGCCAGUUCCUCCAGGACCAGAAGCCUGGCAGCCUCAUCGCUGACAUAGGUUGUGGAGCUGGAAAGUAUCUUAAAGUGAACAGCCAGGUACAUACCCUGGGCUGUGACUACUGCGCGCCAUUGGUAGAGAUUGCGCGGAGCAGAGGAUGUGAAGUCAUGGUAUGCGACAACCUUAACCUCCCCUUUAGGGAUCACGGCUUCGACGCCAUCAUCUCCAUAGGAGUCAUACAUCAUUUUUCUACAAAACAAAGAAGAAUCAGAGCAAUAAAAGAAAUGGCCAGGGUCUUAGUUCCUGGAGGCCAGCUGAUGAUUUAUGUUUGGGCCAUGGAACAAAAGAACCGGCACUUUGAGAAGCAAGACGUGCUUGUUCCAUGGAACAAAGCCUUGUGCUCCCAGCCCCUCUCGGAAUCCAGCCAGCCUGGGAGAAAGAAGCAGUGUGGGCAUCCAGAAAGAAGCCAUCCCUACCACCCUCCCUGCUCUGCGUGUCGCUGUCCUGUUUAUUUUAAGGGGUGCUGUGAUUCGAGGCGGUCCCAUAGCGUGGACUGUGACUCUGCUCUGGCUGGCACCUGCUGUGCAAAUAUUUCCAAGGAAAGCGAGGUAGAAAAUGGAUUCUAUAACACACUGGGGAAAUCUUUUCGUUCCUGGUUUUCCUCUAGAUCUUUGGAUGAAUCAACUCUGAGGAAGCAAAUUGAAAAAAUGAGACCCUUGAAAAACACAGAAAGUUGGGCCAAUAGCACGAUAUCCACCCAGCCUUCAAGACACUCAAGUUUCGACUUAGAUCAUCCAGAGCCAUUUUCAACAGGAGAGCAAAAUUUAGAUGAGGAAGUGUUUGUGGAGACUUCUCAGAAACACCUGGAAUGGCUGAGAGCACCCGCCACACACAGACACCUAAAUGGAGACCAUCCAAGAGGUGUGAGGAGAAAUGGAGAUGGGAAUUUUCUGGGUAGCACCGAUACCAAGGAGAAUUGUAUGGAUGCAGGUAACUUAGAAGAGGGUACCCCUUCUGCUAGUAAAAUAUGGAGGAGGAUUUCUGCAGCUGAUUCCAAAGAUUCCAACCCAGAUGAUACCAUUUCUGUCGAAGAACAACAGCCCAACAUUUUGGAUUCUGGUGCCUUUAUGCGCUAUUACCACGUGUUUCGAGAAGGCGAGCUCUAUGGCCUGCUGAAGGAGAGUGUGUCGGAGCUCCAUAUUCUGAGCUCUGGGAAUGAUCAUGGCAACUGGUGUAUCAUUGCAGAGAAGAAGGAAAGUUGUGAUUGAUUGGAUCAUUUCAGGCAUCUCCUC